UGUACCACUGAUCUCUACUACGAUACUAGUGCAUGCACUGUACAUGUACAUGUACGUGUACAUGUUACAUGAACACGUCCGCGCUGUAUAUACACAAGGACAUGUACAUGUACAUGUACAUGUACACGUACAUGUACACAUUAACGUGUACGUUUCAUCGAAAGGAAGCACAGUUCAAGAGUGUUUACCGUCUAGGCUUGGAAAGAGUAGCGACUUUCUCGCGCUGUUUUAGUUCUUAAUAAGCCGUGAUUUUAUCAAAAUGACGAGUCACGAACUUUGUGAGAGCCUUCUUACAUGGGUGCAAACGUUCAAUUUGGACUGCAGUCCGGAAUCAGUGGCUGAGCUUACAGAUGGUGUGGCACUCAGCCAGAUUCUUCGUCAAAUAGCGCCUACCUUCUUCAACACAGGCUGGUACAGCCGUAUAAAGAAGGAGGUUGGAGACAACUGGCGGAUACGGGUCAGCAACCUGAAGAAAGUCCUGGAAGGUAUCCUGGACUUCUACAAUGAUGUUCUGGGGCAACAGAUCUGUGAUUUUAAGCUACCUGAUGUCACUAAAAUUGCUGAGCGCCGUGAUCUUGAUGAGUUGGGUCGCUUGCUACAGCUCGUACUUGGCUGCGCCGUCAACUGUGAACAUAAAGAGGAGUAUAUCAAUGUCAUAAUGGGCAUGGAGGAAUCAGUACAGCAUGCCGUGAUGAACGCCAUCCAAGAGUUGAUGUCCAAGGAGAUCCCCAGCAACGAGCCCCCGCCCGAGGCCUACGCGGAGAUCGAGCGGCAACUCAAGCGCACCAUGGACGACUUGCAGCAUGCCCUUAUGGACAAAGAGGAAGUCAUGCAGAGGUGCCACGAGUUGGACCUCCAGGUUGCCUCUCUGACAGAAGAGCGAAACACUCUGCAUGGAGAAAAUGAACAGCUGCACGAGAGACUGGACCAAGGAGACAGUGUGGAUGACCCAAGCAAAAAGGUUGCCAUGCCAACAGAACCCAAAAGUACCCCUGCUGGAAGAAGGCACCAGCAUCUGCAGCAGACGGUGGAAGAACUGCAGGAGGAGAAUUUCCGUCUGGAAAACCUCCGCGAUGACAUGCAGAUAAGGAUGGACAUGUUGGAGCGAGAAGUGGUUGAAAUAUCUCAGAAAAAUGAAAAACUCACCAGCCUUGCCGAAGAGGCCAGAGCCCUCAAGGACGAGAUGGACGAAUUAAGACACACUUCAGAUAAGGUGGCCAAAUACGAGUCCACGAUAGAAACAUACAAGAAAAAGCUAGAGGACCUUAGUGACCUGAAAAGACAGGUUAAACUCCUUGAAGAUAAAAACACCAUGUACAUGGAGAACUCCAUGGAGCUUGAGGAGGAGCUGAAGAAAGCCAGUGCGCUUAAGUCUCAGCUUGAGAAUUACAAGCGGCAGGUGCAUGAGCUACAUGCAAAGGUCUCGGAGGAGACCAGGCGCGCGGACAGGGCAGACUUUGAGCUUCAACGGCACUCGGAGAAGGUGUUACAGUGCCAGGCAGAAAUUGAACGGCUGAGGAUGGAGCGAGAUUCCCUCAGAGAAACCAAUGAGGAGUUGACGUGCAACCAGCUGGCUGGGAACGUCAAUAUGGGCAUGUCGCCCGGCAGUCCUGGUAGCCCACUGUCGGCCAGUUUCGCUGACAUGAUGCCGUCAGAAAUUAGGGAGAAGAUUAUCCGUCUCCAGCACGAAAACAAGAUGUUGAAACUGAAACAGGGCGAGACGACAGACGAGAAGACACAGUUGCUACAGAGCCUUCUUGACGAUGCUGACGCAAGGAAGAACGAAUUGGAAUCAGAAAACAGGAUUGCCAAUCAGCGAAUCUUGUCUCUCGAGGCGGAGGUAGAGGAGUUGAAACUACAGCAGAGGGAGGAGGGUGUGUCUUCAUCGGUAGUCGGGGAGUCUGCUCAGAAAAAAAGCAAUGAGUUUAAUCAAGAUCUACGACUGAAACUAAGUGAGCACAAGGAGAAGUUACGGGAGACAGAUACAGAACUGCAGCGGAACAGAUCCUACAUAGACGAGCUGGAGCCAAAGUACACGGCAAGCACGGAGAGGGCGUCCAAUCUGCAGGAGAUGCUCAAGAAGAAGGAGGAAGACAUGCGGGCCAUGGAGGAGCGCUACAAGAAGUACCUGGAGAAGGCCAAGAGCGUCAUCCGCACCCUGGACCCCAAGCAGAGCCCGGCCAGCUCCAACGAGAUCCAGCUCCUCAAGGCCCAGCUGCACGAGAAGCAGAAGAUCAUCGAGCACCUUGAGCACGAGAGAGAAAAAUCUAAAGUGAUGAGGGACAGUGAGGAGAAACUCAUUGUGUCUGCUUGGUAUAACAUGGGCAUGCACAUGCAUCGCAAGGCAGCCGAGGACAGGCUAGCCAACUCCAGCACCGGUCAGUCCUUCCUUGCCCGCCAACGCCAAGCCUCCAACCGCCGCUCUCAGGCCAUCAUCAGCGGUCACUCCUCCAACGCCACGAGGUGAAAAGGUCAAUCGGGUCACGAGGUUCAAAGUUCACUUCAGGUGAACCCUCACCUUUCUUGGAAAUUGUAAAACAGUCCCACCCUAGGAGAAUUCCUCACAGGCAAGGUGGCACUCCGAUUAAAACUAUCCCUGUUCACGGUUACUGAGCAGCUCUUGGUGGUUAAAAAUUCAGGGCUCAGUGUCAAAGUUGUGCUUGCAAUUAAAAUGAAAUCACUGCUUACCAAAGCCAAGAAUUCUCCUACACUUAGGGUUUCUCGUGGGUUGCCUCCAUUCUUUUGUAGGCUUUUGCGCUAACAAGGUUGAUACAGUUUGUCUGUGCUAGCUCAGUGAAUCCAAAAGUACAGUGUGUAAGUGCACAGUGCAGUAGGUUACAGAGUGUACAGAAUCGAGUCCAGACUACUGCUUAAGCGCCAGAGUUGUGGUGGUGUUCAGAUCGUCACACGACCACCACCAGCCAAUUAGAGGGUCUCCGUCUGGUCUCAAGCCAGAAGCUGUUCGUGUGUCAUUGUGCUGGUCCCACCACUUGUGAGCAGAUUUGUAAUGGAGUUUGAGCAAUUCGAUAGCAACUCGGCUGAGUGGUGUCACCACCCAAGCCCUCACCCUGAUGCCAUGACUUCACUCCAUAUAAGGGCAAUCAUGCAUAUUCACACCAGAGGUCUUAACCACUUCGUGCUGGGGUACCCGGUUUCAGGGACAUAGGCUUUAUACAUGAAGCUCGGGAGUCUGAAACCAGACAAAAGAGCUGGACCUUGUAACAAAAGACCGUACUAGAAACGAAAGACUGAGCUGCUUGGCAUUACCAACUUUUUUCAGUUGUCAAUAGCGGAGGAAAUCCAUCAUUGUUUUGAAAGAUUAUACCACUGUUUGUGGCAUUCAG